GGGAUUUUUAUCUCAAAGUUGUUUGACACUAAUCAUGGACUGCCUAUAAAUUGAAAGGUUUACAGUGGUUCAUCUGUGCGCGUCGUGUGUGCAUGUGUGUGUGUGUUGUGUUCCGUCACCCGUGUAACCCUCCACGUGUUGACUAUUGACACAGUCCUGGUUUGAUAACGAGGUCCUUUAUAAGACUGACAGUGCGGAAAGGUCGCUCUGUAGACCCCUGAAGCUCAGAAAAGAAAACAUGCUUUCAGAAAAAGUGUUCUUGAUCAUUUGCGCCUUUGCAGUCUUGGCAAUUUCAGCUUAUCCGCUCCAUCGUGACACCAGGGAGGCAACCUGGGCUGAUUCCAAGGCCAAUCAGGCUCAUCCCAAGUUAAAAAUCACAAAAGAAGCACAUAACAUCUACAAGAGCCACGUGGAUGACAGCAGCCUCUACAACCACGAGGAUGAGUACAAGAACCCAGUAUCGGAAGAGAUGCAGCGCAAGAUCGUCGCUGAGUCGGAACGCCUUCGAGCCCGUCUGCGUCAGGAGCUGGCCGAGCUGAGAGAGAAGCUGGCUCCCUCCCCGGUCCAUCUUGCCUCCGCGCUGACAAGUAUGAGGGAACGCCUGGUCCCACUCACCCAGCAGCUCCACAACAACACCCACCACCUGUGCCACCAGGUCAGACUGUACUUGCACGGUCUGAAUGUGCCGGAGACCAGCCUCGAUCCGAUUGCCCACCACUGGAUGGCACAGACGUUGGAGCAGAGCGCCUCCAAGCUGGCUGACAUCAUGGCUGGCUUCAUGGCUAAAAUCAGAGAGCUGACGGAACGCCUGAGGGAGAUGAGUGAGGCAGAGGCAGCCAAUGCAGGAAUCUGGCAGGGAUUUAGCUCAAGGCUAGAAUGGGAAGUGACUUCACUGAAGAUGAAGGCACAAAAUAGUCUGGAGGCUCUUAAAGUAGACCUCGCUGAUCAGUCGCCAACUGCGCAGCCUCUUGAGGCCACGGUGGAACGCUUCUGCCAGGAUUCAGCACAGCAACACCAAGCCUUCCAAGCCAGGAUUGAGAGGCUGAUCAUAUCAAUGGAGGAGGAGUUGGAUGUCCAGUUCAGUUCUUCCCACGCUGAACAGCCCGUUGGCUCAUUGCAAGACUUCUCCAUCAAACUGUCCGCUCUCAUCCAGGACAUUUUGCAUUCGGUGCAGUGACACAUCAUUGUAGGGACUAUGAAUUGAGACACCUUCGCCUUCCAAUUGUUUGUUUUGCACAUUGUUGGCUCACAACAUCGUGACCAACAUGGACAUAAAUUAUCUAAAGAACUGGCUCAAAAGUAACCCAAAUUGGAUGAAAUUGCUAACCCUGGGUUCAAAAGAGUCAGAGACAAUGCUGCGUCAUUGAUAUCCAGCAUAAUGGGUUGAGGAGUUGUCCCAGCACUUUGGCUAAAGAGUUUGAUGCAAUACUACCCAUACUGAUGAGUUAAAGCUUGCAACAAAUGUGUUACGAGGUUAUCAGUAUAGCCGUGGGAGGAAACCGUAGUACCCGGAGAAAACGCACGCAGGUACGGAGAGAACCGCCUGUCGACUAUUGUGCCAAUCUGAAUCCCAUUCCUUUUGUUCAAAGUCAGUAGUGCCACCGACUGAGCCAACCAACUGCAACACACAUGUUCUAUGAAUGUUACGAUCAAUUUAUUUCAACUUCAGGACACAAGCCUGUCUAAAAUGGUGAGCAGCUUCAGCUCAUCCGCUCGCCCAAAUCUUCAACUCAGUGUCCUGGGUCAAAAUAAUUCAGCCAAACUUGGGUAUAAGAAAUCCAAUAUGCUCAAAAUUCAGAGAUACCAAACAAGUGGGUGAGGAAAACAACAAAGCAUUUUUAAUGUGUACUAAUGAAGUGUCAGAAGUGUUCCA